AAAUCUGUUUAAAUUGUUUAUCUAAUCUUGGUUUAAUUAGGAUAGGUCAUAUGUGCUUAAAAAAAUCUAUUCAGGCGCCCUGGUCGCCUCCAAGACCAAGAUGGCCACGAGAAUCUCCGCCUUUCUUAAGAAUGCCUGGGCGAACCAGCUGGUGCUAGUGGUGUCCUUCUCUAUCUGGGGUCUCGCUAUAAUUAUGCCCAUAAUCAGCCCCUAUACCAAGUAUGCAGGCAUGAUCAACAGAGCCACACCCUACGUCUACCCAGUGCCUGUACGAGAUAAUGGGAACAUGCCGGAUGUGCCCAGCCACCCCCAGGACCCUCAGGGUCCAAGUCUGGAAUGGCUGAAGAACCUGUGACUACUCCUGCUGAUGGAAGAGGCCCCCUUCCCUGUUGCCCCCCAAUAAAAAUGUGAAAACCAAAAAAAAAUAAUCUAUUCAGUUCCCUAAAACUUUUCAGUUCAUUGGAAUAUAUGUUUUUUA